UGUUAUGUUACAAAUGCAUGGAGCUAUAUUUCCAUGCCCUCUACAUCUUCAUGGCAUGUUUCUUAAUUUAGUAAUGGGACAAUUUUGUCUUUACCUUUAACAUUUAUUAGAUUGCUGUAAGAAUGAAGCUAUGUGCUUAUAUUGUUUUGUAUUCAAAUGAUUAACAUUAUACAUUUCUUACAAUCAGAUUGGUCAUAUAGUGGUACUCCUGUCUUGGGCAAACCGCCUAAAAAAUCUCGUGAAAGCCUUGGGGAUGCAGCUCACAUUUUGAAGACAAGUGAAAGUGUGGCAACUACAUCAUCCAGUCAUACCCCUAUCGCGAAUGCCACCACCACAACACUUUCCUCUUGUGGGGCAGAUGGCAGAUCAACUGACAAGUCUGAGACUGUCAAGGCAGAUGAUAUCCUAAAGACACUGUUAUCUGCCAAUGAGGCUCCUGCCUCAACUGCUCUGACCACGUUUCCCAAGCAUGGUCCACCCAGUGGCAGCAGCGGCAGCAAGUGGAGCCACAGUAAUUACAAAUAAUGUAGAAACAUGUGUCACAUCCAGUAUGGAAAUAGAGCCUGUUGCUGCAGACACCUCGACCCAGGCACAUAAUGAUGUUUCUCCUGCAGUGCCAAUUACCAGUGCUGCAGAUAUAAAGUUUGGACCCUUGGGAUCAGUAACAUCUCCAGGGACAUCUUUGUUAAUCAAAACAAUUCCAAGUUCAUCAAAUAUGAUGGCUCCCACGGAAAGAAAUAUAAACUGCUUUCAGAAUGUUCCUAACGCUUCUAAUUCUGCCAAUGGUGGAAUAUUUGGUAGCAGUUGGACACCACAGCCAGGAACAGGACAGUCUUCAGUACCAUGGUCACCUGCAUUAUCGGAUGAUACUCGGUGUAUCCUAUCAAGAUUCGGACCAUUUCCAACAUGUGACCCUACCAAGUGUCCAUUUGGAUAAGCAUCAAGGUUCACCCAUCAGCGGGGAGGUUGGAAACCACAGACAGGAACAAGACACUCUAAAGGAGGAUUUUCACAACAGGUGUCUUGGUCAAAUCUGGAUAUGCGUGACUCAGGACGCAGGGAUCAAUUUUUUCAGCUUACAACCUGUAGUUCCGGCACAGGGUUCUUUGGUACUACAAGGUUCACCCAUCAGCGGGGAGGUUGGACACCACAGUCAGAAACAAGACACUCUCAAGGAAGAUUUUCACAACGGGUGUCUUGGUCAAAUCUGGAUAUGCGUGACUCAAGACGCAGGGAUCAAUUUUUUCAGCUUACAACCUGUAGUUCUGGCACAGGGUUGUUUGGUACUACUACACGUCAGUUUGGAGCACCAAACCAUGGAGGGGCACGUCUGACGCUUGGAAGGCAGAUCACAGGACAGGGCAUGUCCUACAUCAGCGCUGGAUCUACUUCCCAUGAGCUUGUGCCAAUAAGUUGUAACAUAGAUGAACUUGACUGAUUGUAAUUCAGAAGAUUUUUCAAUUGUUUCUAAGGUGUAAAUAAAGCCGCAUGAAUAUUACUAUUUUUAAACAUCUUGUUGCAUUAAAUAUCAUUUAUUACACACAA